AUGGCUGGUAGAGUGGUAGAACGAGAAAGUGGUGGCCGGGAUGAGCGCUGCCAUGGGGUAACCAAGGAAACACACGUCGAACACCAGUCGCCGCCACGGCUGGCCGGAGUCGAGAGUGCUGGACGGCUGUGCCGAACGCUAGCGGCGCCUAGACCGCCACACGUAGCGACAAGCACGGCGACCGGGUGGCCAGAUGUCGCUACUAUUCCGCGCGGUGGCACGUGUGUGCGGCCACCGGCGUAA